GCUCUGGUCUUGGUGGGGGCGUUAACUUGAAUUUCGAGUUUGCGCGCUGCGGGAAUCUUGGGUGGUUUCGAUUUGGCUUUGUUACCCUGCGAAUUGUGGAGUGUUAGACACGUUGUUUGUGAUGCUUGAGACAGUGGAGUUCCGUGACCGUAUUGUUUCGUGGUUUGCCGGCAUGGGCAUAGGCUCGCUGAUGGUUUUUGUUUUUGAUUUCUGCUUUUCGGUGUAAGAGCUUGGUGCAUUAAUUCUUCGUGUGGGGCACCAGAGCUGUCACUGAGUCACUUGGUGGGCUUUUCUUGGUCCAUCAAGAUAUCUGAAAUGAGGAUUGGUGGGUCCAGGUUUUUAUCGAGCUCGUACUUUAGUUGCCGGUAUUUUUAGUAACAGGGCAAAGCAUGUGUUUUAACACAGGGCGCUGUGAGCUGCUAAGCAGCACCAGCCGAGUUUCUAUAAUUUGUUUUUUCCGUGGAAUUGAAGCGUGAUCUUUUGCCCAUCGACUGGACCGCGAAUACAGAAUUUUAAUAAAAUUGCUGAUUGUGAAUUUGUUAGAUCUUUGUAUGUUUCGAUGAUAGGUUGUCGCUGGCGUCACUCCUGGCCUGUGGUCGGGUCUGUGAUCUUUGAAGCAUUUUGUGGAACAAGCAAAAGAUAUAGUGAGAGCUGUUAAGAAACGACUGGGGAACAGGAAUCCGCAAGUCCAGCUUUUGGCACUCACGCAAUCCAUGAGGUGAUUAUUGUUUCUCUUAUAGAUCCUGGAGACUUUGAUAAAGAACUGCGGAGAUUCCAUUCAUCAGCAAGUGGCUGAGAAAGACGUGCUUCACGAAUUGGUCAAGCUUGUUAAGAAAAAAGCAGACAUGCGGGUGAGGGACAAAACUCUUGUUUUAUUGGAUUCGUGGCAAGAAGCUUUCGGGGGCGCAAGUGGUCGAUAUCCACAGUAUUACAUGGCAUACAAUGAAUUGCUGAAAGCAGGUGUAGAAUUUCCACUGCGUUCUGGAGAAGCCGCAUCGCCCAUUUUCACUCCGCCUCAAUCGCAGCCUCUCGCUAGUCCUCGUUCAUUGUACCAGCAUCAAUCACGGUCAUCAGGACCAUCUCCCCCAAGAUCCGAGGACACCGAGUUCGCAGGAAUGAGCUUACAAGACAUUAAGAAUGCGCAGAAUUUGGUGGAGCUUUUACAGGAUAUGGUUUUGGCACUCAACCCACGAGAUCGAAUGUCUGCCAAGGAGGAGGUUAUCGUGGAGCUCGUAGAUCAAUGUCGACUGAAUCAGCAUCGGGUUAUGCAACUCGUCAACAUAUCUUCUGAUGAGGAGCUACUUUGCCAAGGUUUAGCUUUGAAUGAUGAGCUGCAGAGAGUGCUCGCUAGAUAUGAUGCUUUCUUGUCGGGGGCUCCCAUACCCGAAACUUCCGUUGAAAGCAAGACUCGGUCUCAGCAGACUUCGGGUGGGAAUGAUAACAUUCCUUCUCCAAACAAGGUGCAGUCUCCAAAUGCACCUCAAGAACCAGGAGUUACUUCAAGACCAAGGAAUAGCGCACGUACUAUUUACUCAGCCGUCACCCUCCCUCCACCUCCCUCGAGUAAAAAGUCCGUUCCACAAAAUUCAAAUGUUGUGAGUCCAAGGCCUGCUGAUCCAACACUUGACCUUCUUAGUGGUGAUCUACCACCCACAAGCCAGCCAGCCACGAGUUCCUCCGAUUCUUUGGCUUUGACUGUAAUAGAACAGCCUCAACAAAGGAGCCCGGUGGAUCUCUUGGCUUUGCCUGCACCUGAAGGUUUUUCGAACCCAUUUGAGUCUGCGCCUUUCCAGGCUACUCCACAAACAGAAGCUGUGAGCCCAGUGUACCCCUCUCAGAGCUUCCAACAAAAUGCAGAUACACCAUUGCAUCGUUCUGAGAACUCAUGGUCCACAAGUACGGCUGGUAACCAGAGGCAACAGAGUCAUUUAUACGGUGAAGUUCCAACUCAACCAACAGUUUCAGGGCAACCAUUGCAAAGUCAACCCCAAUAUUUAUAUCAACAACAGCCUGUAACCACAACUCCACCCCCAUGGCAAGACGAUACUCGAGCACAAUAUGCAGAGCAGCAGUGGCAAGCCCCCCCUCAAGCUUCCUACCCGUACACACCCCAGAUGUGGAAUGUAGGCCAGCAGUCAGCAAUAGAUGGCAUGCAACAGUACCCGGUAGUAGGGUAUACUGGGUACCAAAUACAACCAAGACCAGGACAAGAGUCUUUUCAAUCGACUUACCAAGGUUAUCCAGCUUCUAAUGAUUUGGUGAGGUAUGGCUCUGGAACAGGUCCAGGCGAUAAUUUUGGGAGUCAGUAUCUCCACCAGAGAGGAAGUGCAUAUGGUCAAUCUUCAUCACAACAGUAUAGUGGAACUUCCAAGCCUUUGAAAUCGCCUGACACGUUGUUCGACGACUUGGUGGAUUUGAGGAGCAUGAAUGCAAAAUUCAAAGCAGCGAGCCUUGCGAAUAAGACGUCGAAUACCAGCAAGGCUAGUCCUUCAUGAUUUUCAGUCUGUCAAUAGUCUUUUGUCGUGCUUAGAAGUGCACUAGCUUUAGUAAUUCUGGAGUGGGAAGCUUUCCUCGUUUCCAUAACCUCCUGUAUUUUCAACCUCUUUUGUGCACUCAUGUAAAAAUGAGAUUUUUCUGUUGUUAUUUUCAGCACCGAGGUUAUCAUUUUUAGUGCAGUGCUUCUGUUGUUCUCAUGAAGCCAUGAUCAGUAAAUUGUACAGAUAACAAUAUAUGAUGUAAUCUUCUUCACUGGAUACAGUUCUCGAGCUUAUUGAAUUAU